ACUAGAGUCUGCCAUCUUUGAUUGUGCGACAGGCCGCGGCGCGAGCGGGGCCUCACUCUCACUAGAAAAACGGUCUGGCACGAGACAACGGGUGGAGAAAGACAAGGAACCACGGGAGGACCGCGUACCGGUUCCCGCAGUAACGGCCGAACACAUAAGAAUAGACUGGCGGCUUAAAACGGCGCAGAAGACAUAAAACAGUAGCCGUGCAUGUGGAAAGCGGUUUGUUGGCAGCCAGCGAGCAAAGUAGCUAACCAUCGUUAGCCGGACUGGGUUAGUAGGCUAGCCAGCUUUUGUAAUCCGCCGGCCAGACACAGAUUCGUCCACCGCAAACCAGGCCGAAAUCAGAUUUCAAGUCAGGCCACACAACAGCCGAAAGGACAAAGAAGGCACCGGCGGUGGCAGGAGGCUGGUUCUGGGGGCGAGGCCAAAGGACCAGACUCAAUGAGUUUCCAGCGACAUGUCAGAGAAGUCAGGGCAGAGCACCAAGGCAAAGGAUGGCAAAACAAAGUAUGCAACCCUUAGCCUCUUCAACACCUACAAGGGCAAAUCUCUGGAAACCCAGAAAACUGCAGUGGCUGCCAGACAUGGGCUCCAGAGUUUGGGCAAAGUUGCUGCCAGCCGGCGCAUGCCCCCCCCAGCCAACCUGCCCAGCCUGAAGGCAGAGAACAAGGGAAACGACCCCAACGUCAACAUUGUCCCCAAAGACGGUAGUGGCUGGGCAUCUCGAACUGAGGCAGGGGACGAGAGGCAACAGGAGACACCCCCACCCCAGAACAAACCAGCAGUGCUGCAGUCUCAAGAGCUUUCGGUUGGGGGCAGCCGCUCCUGGGCCAACAGCAAGCAGACACAGCUAGACGGAGCUCCUCGUGUGAGUAGCCAUUUUCACCAGGAGUUUCCCAGCUUGCAGGCGGCUGGUGAGGUGGAGAAAGGGGACGGUCAAGAGGAGGAGCCUUAUGGACCAGGCCCCAGCCUCAGACCUCAAAAUGUUGGCAGUUGGCGUGAGGGUGGAGGCAGGAAUUUGAACACUGCACCCAGCCCCCCUGAGAUGGACAACAGGGUUCCGGAGGAGGGUAGUACGGGCCUUGGUACAUCUACACCACCAGGGGAAGCUGAUGAGCCUGGGCGAAACGUAACCACUGACGGUCAGAGGGAGAAGAGGGAUGGCAGGGAGAGGUUGCCCCCCUCUGGCCCUCCUCAGCCUAAACUUAAUGGGGGGCAGCAGCCUCCUGCUGGGGUGCCAACUCACUUUGACCCUGCUUUCAGGAGCAUGAUGCCACCCUACAUGUUCCACGCCUAUCCUCAAAUGUCUUUUGGCCCAGGGCAAGCAAACUUAAGAUACCCUGUACCACAAGAUGGAGCAAAGGGUCCUCGUUCAGCACGACCCCAGCAGCCUCCCCCUCAGGCCUGGCUCCAGGACCCAGACAGACCCUCUAUCAUCAGCGCAACAGAACUGAAAGAGCUGGACAACUUAGAUACUGAUGCUGAUGAGGGCUGGGCAGGAGCUCAGAUGGAGGUGGACUACACUGAGAAACUAAACUUCAGCGAUGAUGAGGAGAACCAAGCUGCUAAAGACAAAAGAGAAAACUGGGAGUGGAUGGGUAAAGUGGAGCGUAUAAGAUCUCGGCCAUCAGACAAUCAGGAGGGCUGGAAGGAGGGAUCUGAGGACCGCGGGGGCAGUAAAACCUCAUGGGCCGACACUGUAGAUCCCAGAGCGUCAUCACCUGGCAGUAUGGGGCAGUACAAUAAGUCAGCUGCUCCACAGGACUACCAGGGCGGCAGUCGUUCUGUAUGUGGUGGUGCUGUGCGUGGGAGCAAACCACAGGCUGCAGUGCCACCUGGUGCCGAUGAGGACCCUGAGGCCUGGCGACAGAAGCGUAAGAAGCCUCCAGAACUUUCUGAAGCUGUAGAACGAGCGAGACGGAGGAGGGAGGAAGAGGAACGGCGGAUGGAAGAACAGCGGCUUGCUGCUUGUGCUGAAAAACUUAAACGUCUCAAUGAAAAACAACGCCAGGCAGCUGAGGGCAAAUCUGCCCCUGCUCAGACAACCAAUGAUGAUGCAGGAGUUGCCCAUGAAGAAGCCUCCUCAUCAGCUCCUGGCCCUGUAUCCAGCCCUGGACCUUCGAUUCCAGUUUCACAUUCACAGGCCCCAAUCGUGCAAGCUCCUCCACCUGAAAGGGUGGAUCGAGACAGGGAGAGGAUGGAGCGAGAAGGAGAGAGAGUAGAACCAAGUGUAGAGGAGGAGGUUCACUUGCCUCGUCAGCCCAGCCCCCCUGUCCAGAGACCUGUGACCAUAGCUCCAGAGCCCCAGAGCGAGGGAGAGAGCUCCUUGGUUGAAGUCAGCCCCCUGAUGGAGGAGAGCCAGGCUGACAGGACAACCGUACCUAUACGAGACUAUUUCAACAUAGAGGAUAACAGAGUGGAUGAGCCCCACCUGUCUCUGUCUCACAUGGACACCCCCAGUGGGGAGGAAGUCCCUGUGGCACCACCACAGCUGGAAGGAGAAGCAGCAGCUGCUAUGCGUCCCUCUCUCACCUCAGGCUAUUCCAAACAGUUUCAAAAGUCUUUGCCACCUCGUUUCCUCAGACAGCAGGAGCAGAUGAAGCAGCAACAAUGGCAACAACAUCAGAGUGGGGGUUCCGUGUCCCCAUCAGGUGGUGGCGGAGUUCCAGCUACCCAACAGCAGCAGCAACACCGCUCCAUGUAUCAAACCAUGGGCCCCCACCACCAGCACCUGGCCUCCAUGGGGUUCGACCCCCGCUGGCUCAUGAUGCAGUCCUACAUGGACCCCCGCAUGAUGUCAGGACGUCCUCCCAUGGACAUGCCAACUAACAUUCACCCUGGGAGGAUGCCUCCCAAGCAGAUUGUGCGCAGAGAGCCUGGUGACAACUCCAGCUCCAGUUCUGACUCCUUUGACCAUUUGACCCGACCAAUUCGUGACCAUGGCCUCUCCUCAGACUCACGGAUGGUAUGGGGGUCGGACCCAUACCCACAGUCGGAGCCGUUACCGUCUGUAACCCCUCCAAAAGGACGGGAUGAGAACAAGGAGCCGAGGAUGGACUCUGGUUUGGAUCUGGACAGGGGUCUCCCAGCUAUGUAUCCCCAGGACCAUAGUGCAUUGGACUCGCAUAAAAGUAACUUCUUCCAGGACCCUUCUGAAUCCCUGUCAGCAUUUACCCAGGGCCCAGAGGAUGCGUCAGGGUCUCUAGACAGGGUCCCCGUAGUUGCAGCUUUUGAUCCCGAAGAGCCAGGCCUACCCAGUGGGGAAGAGGUAGAAGCUCUUGGUCAAGCUAUGCUCCAAAGGAGUGUCUCCCAGGGCUCCAGCCACUCUCUCAAGCUGGAUGAGCCCAGGUUUGAUGGGCUACCCCUGGGAACAAAAUCACUAGAGCUACAGGACACAGGAGAACGGGCUGAUGAUAAGCCCCAGAAUGAACUCUAUCCCCAGGCUGCAGUGACCAGCAACAGAGCUACACCUCCUGCUGAUGGACUACACAAACAAGAGAAGCUGCCUCUGCCAGCCCCUAGCAAGCAGAAAGCUGAGCUACGCUGGGGUGGGAGAUCAGGGGCUGGACGCAGAGAAGGACCAGGGGGGGAGAGACCUGUCCGCAGGUCUGGGCCAAUAAAGAAGCCUGUCCUUAGGGACAUGAAAGAAGAGAGGGAGCAAAGAGAAGAGAGAGAGAAGCGUCACGAGAGAGGGGAAAGAGGAGACAGGGCCAAAAAGGAUCAGUCCAAAGCUCCUUCUGCAGCUGCUGCUGUGUCUGAGGGCUCCAGACCUCAGGGUGAGGGCAAGAGAGAAGCUGCUCAUCCUGAGGAAACACAGACUGGCCAUCAGAGAUCCAGGGACUCCCAGCCGUCAUCUGGGGCUCCCACUUCUUCCUCUCAGGAGGAGAAAGCAGACAAACCGCCCAGUAUCGAAAAACAUCCAGAACCCAAACUGCCCUCCAGGAAAGAGUCCAAUCUUCCUCCACGUGCCUACCGACGAGAGGAGAGGGAGAGGGAACGUGAGAGGGAGAAGGAAAUGGACAAGGAUAGAGAGAGAGAGUGGCUUGCUGACUCAAAUUACAAAGGACGUGGUCGAGGGGAGUAUUACUCCAGAGGACGGAGCUACCGGGGGACUUACAGUGGCCGAGGCAGGGGGAGUCGUGGUCGAAGCCGGACAGAGUACCCUUACCGAGAGCCCCGAUCACGCUCUGAUUUACCCUCUGUUGGAGGUGCUGCUGCCUUUCGCAACAGGGAGGAAAGCGAGACACGCAGCGAGAGCUCAGACUUUGAGGUUAUACCAAAACGUAGACGGCGCCGUGGUUCAGACACAGAUUCUGAAAGUGAAGGUGGGAGGGAGUCUGCCAGUGAUACUGGACCCUCUGACCGUGAGCCUAGCACCAAACCUAGCCGUCCACUGAGACGAGAGCUCCCUGGCGAGGCCCGGUCUGGGCCCCACAAGCCAGGUUUUGGACCUCCUCACAUGGGGGAAAAGGUUGGAUCCAGAGGGGACGAUGAAAACAGGCCUAAGCCAGGAUUCCUUCCUAAAGGAGAGCCUUCUCGGCGAGGAAGAGGAGGACUAUACAGUAGACGAGGUGGAGCAAGGGAACGUGGCGGCCCUCGCUCAGCCCCUCUUAGACGGCCAGCAGCUAGAGAGUCCUCCUCUCAGUGGCCCUCCAAACCAAUGGAGACAUUCAGACCAGAGGACACAGAGUCCACACCGAGAUAUGACAAUCCUCCCACUGACCGACGGCCCCCUAAGUGUGAUGGCAAGAAAUUUGGGGACGGGGCUCCUCAAAGUAGUAGAGAAAGGCCUCGUCGAUCCAGACCAGCACGGCCCCCAAGGCAAGAUAAACCCCCCCGCUUCAGGCGCUUGAAAGAGCGGGAGGCUGCAGUAUUAGCAAGUGGAGAGACCGCCCCAAGUCCCCCUGUCCCUCUACUCCCAGUGCCUGCUGCUGCUGUCCAUAGCUCUGCCCCUGCCCCAAUCUCCAUCUCACCAACCCUUUCUAGAGCUCCAGGAACCCCUGUAACUGUGCCUGUGGAAGUGGCAGCCACUUUGCCUGCACCAGACUUAACCUCUCCUAUAGAUGCACCCUUGCCUGAGACCAGCAGCCCCACCAUCACUGCAGUCGGUACCAAGUCCCCUGACUUGUCCAACCAGAACUCUUCAGAUCAAGCCAAUGAAGAAUGGGAAACUGCCUCUGAGAGCAGUGACUUCAACGAAAGGAGAGAGCGAGAAGAAAAGAAAGGAGCAAUGGAGGCCGCUAAUGAAGCAGCCACUGCCUCUGCCCCAGCACCUGCACCCCCUCAGGGCUCUUUGACCCCCAAUAAAAGUUCUCCUGAUGGAGGGGUCACUCCAAAACGUGAAGGGGCUCCUGGAGCCAAGAGGAGUUUCUCAAGUCAGAGGCCUACAGAGAGACAGAAUCGUAGAGGCAACAGUGGAGCCAAACCAGGCCGGAGUUACACAGGGGGCAAGGGGGAGAGGAGGGGAGGGGCCAAAGCCGGCCGCAAAGGCCCUGCAGCCCAGCAGAACUCAGAGGGGGCAGCACCAACAGCUGGAGGAGUAGCCCAGAGGUCUGGAAAAGAGCAGCCUGCCCGUCGCAAAGAUGAGGCCAAACAGGCCGCCAAGAAGCCCAAAGAGAAUGCUCUUUCUCAGUUUGAUCUUAACAAUUAUGCUAGUGUUGUGAUCAUUGAUGACCACCCAGAGGUCACCACCACAGAGGACCCACAGUCCAGCACCAAUGAUGACGGCUUCACAGAGGUGGUCUCGCGCAAGCAACAAAAACGUCUGCAGGAUGAAGAGAAACGGAAAAAGGAAGAGCAGACUACUCAGAACUGGAGUAAAAAAAGCUCUGGUGAGAAGAGUAGAGGAGGAGGAGGAAAGCUGCCACCAAGAUUCGCUAAAAAGCAGUCAUCGCAACAACAGCAGCAACAGGCCUCACAGUCUCAGCCUCCUGUAGCCUCCACACCCCAGGCUCAACAGCAGCCCCCCAUUUCUGCUCCCCAGCAUCCUCACCUUGCCCCCUCCCAGCCUGCUGCAUCCCCUCAGACUCUGGAAGGAACAGUGGCUCCUCUGCCCUCCAUCCCCCCUGCCACUGUGGACUUUACCUCAAAAAGCCUACCGCCUACACCUUCGCAGACACACAGCACUCUGGGUACAGAACUGUGGGAGAACAAGGUAGCGGGCUCUGCUGUCCUUCCUGACGUCAAGAAGCUUGGUCCAAUCAGCCCUCCCCAGCCACCUUCUGUGAGUGCCUGGAACAAACCUCUUACCUCCUUUACUGGCACUGUCUCCUCUGAGGGUGUGAAGCCUGGAUCAGAGGGAAGUGUAGAAUUGGCAAUGGACACUAUUCAGUUUGGAGCACCAUCAUCUGCAGGCAGCACUGACAGCGAUGGAGUUCCAGCGUUGCUAGAAACUGGCUCUGAAAACAAACUACCUGCUCCCAAAGAACAGAGACAGAAACAAACUCGAGCUGGCCCAAUCAAAACACAGAAGCUUCCUGAAAUGGAACCAGUGGAAACCAAGGAGUACAAGCCAGGUCCUAUCGGUAAAGAGCGUUCUCUUAAGAACCGCAAGGCCAAAGAUGCACGUGGAGGAGAAGGCGAGGGGCUGGAGGGAGGAGUCCCUGGAGGAGGCGUCAGUAGAGCCACAGACUCCAGUCCUCCCACUAAUGACACCACAGUACCAGAGCUGGGCGGAGACAUUGAGGGCAUGAUCACAGUUCCCUCAGCAGAGUACAACAGUAACUCUAAGGAAUCCGUCACUGACUAUACCACCCCCUCCUCCUCACUGGCUGACAGUGUUCCUACAGGAGGUAACAAAAUGGAAGAGAGUUUGGUGGCAAAUGUGGCACUACCCCACUCAUUGCCCCUACCUCGACGAGAGACCCUGCAGCCGAGCUCCAGCCUCAGCACCGUCUCUCCUGCUACUGUUGACUUAACACUAAAGAUGGAAUCGGCUCGUAAAGCGUGGGAGAACUCCCCAAGUCUGGAGAAGAAUUCUCCUGUCACUUCCUCUUCCUCCCCCAUCACCUCCUGUGCAUCCUCUUACUCCACCUUCUCCUCAGCCUCCAUGCCACAGAUCCCUGUGGCUUCUGUUACCCCUAGCACCUCACUGUCAGGUUCUGGAACCUAUACAACGUCAUCACUCAGCACCAAGACCACCACAGCCUCUGACCCACCUAACAUCUGUAAGGUGAAGCCCCAGCAACUGCAGGGUGGAAGUCUGUCCUCCUCCAGCAGUAGCAAUAGUAGCAGCAGCUUCUCUCAGUUGGGCUGUGUGCCUCCCCUCCUGCCCCAGCAGCAGCAGACCCCACAGGUGUAUGUCUCUCAGUCUGCAGCAGGUUCUGCAGCUCAGAUUCCAGCCUUCUACAUGGAUACUAGCCACCUCUUCAGUACUCCCCACCCUCGCUUGGCUCCUCCCUCCCUGGCGCAGCAGCAAGGCUUCCAACCGGGCCUCUCGCAGCCAACAGCAGUGCAGCAGAUUCCCAUUCCUAUCUACGCUCCACUGCAAGGUCAGCCGCAGCACCAGCACCAGCACCAGCACCAACAUCAACACCAACACCAACACACACACCAGGCUCAGCUAGGACUCAGCACUGGUCCUCCAGUCUCCCAGCCACAGGACCUGUUCAGCUCCUCACUGCAGCCUUACAGGUCUCAGCAGGCGUUCAUGCAGAGCAGCCUGUCACAGCCCUCCAUGAUGCUGUCAGGACCAUCCCUGCACAGCUAUGCCGGCGUGCAGGCACCUGAGCUGGGCAAGCCUCAGUCUAAUCUGGCCUAUCAGCAGCCCUCCUCCACCCAGCACAUUCCCAUUCUGUUUGAGCCACAGCUCAACCAGCCCUCUGGAAUGGGAGGCUCCCAGCUCAUUGACACACACCUGCUGCAGGCUCGACAGGGAAUGAAUCAGCAUUCAAACAUGUACUCGGGGCAGGUGCAACAACAUGGCCAGAGUAGCUAUUAUAGCAACACUCAGUCGCCCAGUUCUGCAAUGCAACAGGUGACAGUCCCUCUGCCCAGUUCCCAGUUGUCCCUGCCAAACUUUGGUUCGGGUGGAGGCCAGCCCCUCCUGGCGCUGCCUCCCACCCCUCCCCAGGCCCAGCCCCCCAACAUCAACCGACAGCCCCCAGUCUCCCAGCCAUACCGAGGCAUCAUGGGCCCCAGCCACAACAUGAUGCAGCCUCCCACCAGCAAGAUGGACAUGGAUCUGAAACUCUUUGGCAGUGGGAUGGAUGUGAAGCCUGGAACCCCUCCUGUCGGCGCCAGGAGCACUACACCCACCUCCAGCCAUUAUAGGGCCAGCUCCACCUCUCCAAGUAGCCAGUCCAGUAAGAUAAACAGCAUGCUUUACCAGAAGCAGUUUCAGCCUAGCUCUGCUGGCAUGAGAAUGACGCAGCACUUCCCUGGCCAGUUCAACCCACAGAUUCUUUCUCAGCCCAACAUCGUGUCUCCUCUGGUUCGACCUCCUCACGCUAACUCGUUUGCUGGAGGUGUCCAGCGCUCUCCCAUGGGCCCUCCAAUGUCACCCAAUUUGGGUGGUGGUCUCAUGCCCCAUCCCCGACCUCAGCACCAACAGCACCCACAGCACAGCCAGCACCCUCCCCGAGGACCUCCUGGUCCCUCCCUUGCACCCAGAGGCACACAGGCGGCUCUGAAGGCUGAACAGGACCUAAAGGCAAAGCAGCGGGCUGAGGUGCUCCAGUCCACUCAUAAGUUCUUCUCAGAGCAGCAGCAACAGCAGCAACUCAAGGCCCCGCAAGUCAGCAAAGUGUCUCGACUUGAUCAGGGAGGAAAACCCCCACUCGACACCUCGGCACCAAACCACCAGGCAGGCAGCGACCGCCCAGAUUCUGACAAACCCCCCAUCUCUGCGGCCAAGCCCAUACGGACUGGCCCCAUAAAACCGCAGGCCAUCAAACCAGAAGAGGGCAAGUAAAGAGCUGCCGGCCCAUCUUCAAAUGACGAUAUGCAUGGAUGGAAGAGAGAAUCUAGCCCCCUUCACUCAGUCACCACCUCAUAUCAGCCCUGGGGUACAGUGUGGGGGAGGAGGAUGAGUUGAGAUCCAGAUGGUAGUGGUUACUGAGAGUAGGCAUUGUCCUGCGUAUACAUAAUCCUCUUCCUCUUCUUUCUUCCCCUGUGUUGUCCCACUGUAGGUGGUGGCGUUUGAGUUGGAUUCUUCCAUCAUAUUUAGAUGCCGAUAAAAUGUCUGCACAAGUUGUUCCAUAGAAAUCUACUGUGACGGUAGAUAAGAGGCGAGUUGGAGGAAGAAAAUUGAAAUGAGAUUUGCUGCUGAGUUUGCCAUUUUUAUAGCUCUUGAUUUCUGUUCCUUUUUAUUAUUAUUUUUUUUUUCCCCCAAAUAGGAUCAUGCAUAUUAUAGGAGAAACCUGUUUUGUUAACGAAAGAAUGAAUCUGUUUUGUUUGUGUAGUCAAAACAAUCUUGUUAAUGAGAUGUCAUUUAGUGAAGCACACGUUUUGUUGCCCAAUCUCCCAUCAUAACUAAUCCAGAGAUUUGUGCACGUGGGAAUGCACCUCAUUACCAUACACACACACACACACACACACACUCUCACUCACUCACUCACUCAACGGUUUCAUCUACGGUUACUGCACGGAGACAUGAAAUCAGAAAUUCUGUUAUCAUUUUAUUUUUGGUUUUCUUUUGUUUUACCAGAAUGGAAAUGUGAAAAUUGCAGCAGUUAAUUGAAUUUAAUGAUUGAUUUAUUGAUUUGUCUGCCUGCGAGCCUUUGCUCCUGCCUUCUGCUCUCAUCUCCUUGCCUGAGAAUUAUUGAUGUGGUGGGGUGUGUGUGUCGGUUGUGUGUGGUAUAAAUGGGGAAAGCUUGUAGCUGGACUAUCGUGUAUAUUUAGCCAAAGGUUAAAGCAGCGCAGAGAUGAUGUCACAGCCUUUUAGGAUUGCUGUUGCAGUGGCAGCAGAGUUUUGAGUGGACUUAAAGGAUUACAUGGAUGAUGUAUGAUCACUAUUUACAGCUGUUCCAGUGUAGGGGCUACUGUCACACACCCUUUCACUGCUUUCACACCCAUCCUUGCUGUCACACAAACACACACCUAUACACACUUCACUGUAAAGCACCCAGACCUGCUGCUAUUGAUUGAUUUCAGUGCCCUUAGCUAGAGUAUAGCAGGAUAGGGCUAUUUAGAGGAAUAGAAACAGUGAGGAGUUGAUUGUUGAAACAGUAGAAAACUUUGAGUGUGUGUAUGUGAACCCUCACGAUGGGGGGAACAAGAACAUGACUGCGAACAAGGAAAAAGUUGAAAUGAGAAGCCUGAAGUUCUGAAGCGUUUGGGCAGAAGGACACUUAUUGUUUUGUUGUCUUUACUGAUGAGAGCAAUCAGUGCUGUUUUCUGUCUCUGCCUCACCUCCACUGGCUGUCCCACCCACAAUGCUUUCAUCUCGGGGUUGUGGUGACAAGGGUCCUUCAGAUAUGUACAGUAGUAUGCACCCUGAGGUGGGGAGGGUGUCCUCCUCACCUCAACCCUAGCUGGGGAAAGAGUCCUUGCUUUGGAGGAUGGAUGAGGGAGGGAGGGUAAUGAUUUUUUUUCUUUUUUUUUUUUUUUUGUUGAACUUGUACAGGGGUUUCAUCGCUGUAUUAAAAUAUGUACGGUCUUAUUUACAUUCUCUCAGUUUGGUUACAGAAACUAAUAAAAAUAAUAUACUGUU